UUGUGACACGCGAUUGGUUAGCCUGUACGACGUCGGCCAUCAGCUACCGAGCCUAUGUCCUGUCCAGAGGAAGCUUCUCGCUGACCGAAUCAAGAGAGAAAAUGGCCAACAUGUGCAUACGGAGCCGCUCAUUCGGAGCUUUGCGCCACGUUCUGAGAGCAUCCCCGCGGCGGUUAUGCACAGCCACUCAGCAGAAGAACGGACACGGCUCAGAGGAGGAGGAGACCGCCGAGCAGAGCGCGACGGAGAAGGUCCUGGCCGAGAAGACGCAGUUGGGGGAGCAGCUCAAGGAGAUGACCGACAAAUACAAACGAGCCUUGGCGGACAUGGAGAACCUGCGGACAAGAAGUCAGAGGAUGAUUCAGGAAGCUAAACUAUACGGUAUCCAGGGCCUCUGCGAAGACCUGCUGGAGGUCGCCGACAUUUUGGAGAAGGCCAAGGAAAGCGUGCCAGCGGAGGAAGUGACCAGCCGGAACCCUCACCUGAAGCACCUCUACGAUGGCCUGGUGAUGACGGAGGUCCAGAUCCAGAAGGUGUUCGCCAAGCACAGCCUGGUCAGGCUCAACCCGUACGGCCACAAGUUCGACCCGUACGAGCACGAGGCGCUCUUCCACGCCCCCGCCGAGGGCAAGGAGCCCGGCACCGUCACCGCCGUGACCAAAGUGGGCUACAAGCUUCACGGGCGCACCCUCAGGCCGGCGCUGGUCGGCGUGGCCAAAGCCUCCUAAGAAAGCCGAGGACCACGUGGACAUUUGGCGCGCUUGCUGUCACCGGACAGCAUUGAAUAGAGCGACCAAACGUUGGAGUUAUUAUCAUGAGUUGGCGGGGCCACGCAAGACUUUUUUUUUUUGGUCAGGGGUUGUUAACGUUCACAAAGACAUUUGCAGAGGUUCCAAAUUUUUCAGCGACAAGAAGAACCCUUUCGCAGUCUUUCAACCUUUUGUGAACCCUGACGAAAUUCCACAUUGGCAAAAAGGUGCGAGAAGUUGCCCCUCAGUGAGCGAUCACCUGAAACAACACAAAACACAAUUGCAAGGCACGUUUCCAACAACUUUGCCUUUUGCGUGCCCCUGCCAGCUUAUCAUGGAAUGUCCAUAGAGGUGCGAACAACUGGCGCCAUAACCCUUAACGCAAAUAAAUGGUAGAACACAUCA